AUGGCAAAAUCUAGUAGCUGUAUUGUUUUGUUGGCUUUCUUUUUCACUACAGCACUAGCUACACUCACCGUGCGUGAACAAAGGUAUUUGUCUGAAUGUGCAAGCACAGUUGGAGAACAUUGUGGGACCCAAUUCUACAACAAACUCUUCAGUCACAACAAGACAUCAAUCACUAGAGAUUGUUGUUACAAGAUUCUUCAAACAGGUUACUCUUGUCACAUCCAAAUGACUGUGUUUAUUCUAGAAACCAACCCGGAUUUGAAAAAUGUAGACCGGAUUCCUUAUCUUACCAAAAGCGACAACAUGUUUCAGAAGUGCGAUCGUCUUACCAAACCUGAGAACCAGAAGUUUCUGUCUCAGUGCGUAGAGGAAGUAGGAUCGGCUUGCAGAGAAGAAGUUUAUAACAAACUGGUUCGUGAUGGGGAUGUGAGUAAACAAUGUUGCGAAAAGCUUGUGAAAGCGGGUUUGAAAUGUCAUCUUAGUCUGGCGAAGGCUUUACUUCGUACACCGCCGAUGAAGGAUAUUGAUGCAAUUAAGUUUUUGAAGAAGAACAAGAAAGUAUACAAUGAUUGUAAAAAUAUGGACCGAGAAAUGUUUAUGUGA